UACUCCUCCUCCCUCUUGACGCGGUAUCUCCUCAAGACUUUCCUUUCUCUUUAACCCCACACACUCUCUCUCUCUCUCUCUCUAGAAUUCCAUUUUCCAAACCUACCUAAAAAAAAAACCAUAUUCAACAAACCAAACCCAACACAAACUCCAUAGACUUACUUCUGUUGUUGUUUUCCUAUCUGGGACUGACACAGAUUACACAAAACACAUAGCAACAAUCUGAGAAACACAAGACCAACAACGAUCGAUGAUGUUGCGUUCAUGUUACAGGCCACUUGAGCGGUGCUUUGGGAGAAUAGGUUGUGGGUGUGGUGGUGGUGGCAGCGAUGGUCUUCUAUGGCACACAGACCUUAAGCCACACGCAUCUGGGGACUAUUCCAUCGCUGUGGUUCAAGCCAAUUCUAGCCUUGAAGAUCAAAGCCAGGUCUUUACUUCACCGUCCGCUACCUACGUUGGUGUCUAUGAUGGCCAUGGUGGUCCUGAAGCUUCCAGAUUCGUCAACAAACGCCUCUUUCCUUAUCUCCAUGAAUUCGCUAAGGAACAAGGUGGAUUAUCCGUGGAUGUGAUAAAGAAGGCAUUUGAUGCCACUGAGGAGGAAUUUUUGCAUUUGGUGAAGAGGGCAUUGCCGGCACGGCCACAAAUUGCUUCAGUUGGGUCAUGCUGUCUUGUUGGUGCUAUUUCAAAUGAUGAAUUGUAUGUGGCAAAUCUUGGGGAUUCAAGAGCAGUUCUUGGCCGGAGAGAUUCGGAGGGUAAGAAAAAUUCAGUGGUGGCAGAACGGUUGUCGAAUGAUCAUAAUGUGGCCCUUGAGGAGGUGAGGAAGGAACUGGAAGCACUUCAUCCUGAUGAUUCACAUAUUGUGGUGUAUACCCGUGGAGUUUGGCGGAUUAAGGGCAUAAUUCAGGUUUCGAGAUCUAUUGGCGAUGUUUAUCUGAAAAAACCUGAGUUUAACAGGGACCCAAUUUUCCAGCAAUUUGGAAACCCCAUUCCUUUGAGGCGACCAGUUAUGACAGCAGAACCUUCUAUUCUUAUUAGAAAGCUUAAGCCACAAGAUUUAUUUCUGAUAUUUGCAUCAGAUGGCCUUUGGGAACAAUUAAGUGAUGAAGCAGCAGUAGACAUUGUUUUCAAAAGUCCGAGAACUGGAAUAGCUAAGAGAUUGGUGAGAGCUGCCCUUCAGGAGGCUGCAAAGAAGAGAGAGAUGAGAUAUGAUGACAUAAAGAAAAUUGAAAAGGGAAUAAGACGUCAUUUCCAUGAUGAUAUCACUGUUAUCGUAAUUUACCUUGAUCAGCAUCAGCAAAAUGGUUCCUCAAGUGCUAGAUUUAAGCACAAUGCGGUUUGCUGCACCAGUGCACCAGUUGACAUUUAUUCCCUAAAUGCAGAUGAGGAAGAAGAUGAUUUGCUGCACCCAGUUUUCUAAAGAAACAAUCGUUGAUUGACAACAUAUUUUACUAAGGUUAUCAUUACAUAAUAAUUGAAGAAUACGUGAGGGAAGCGCUUUUCUUUUUCUUUUUCUUUUUUUACCUUGGAUGGAAACAUUCAUUAGAAAAAGGUACAGUUCUGUAGAUAAUCAAGCUUGAUGGAUGCAGAGGGGAACAAGCUGUCAUGGCAUAUGCAAGUGAAGUUGUGACUCUUAAUUCACUUUGUUAUUGAUUUUGCCUUGUUUGAGGUGAUGAUAAAUGAAUACCAGAAUAGUGAAAGCACCAUGAGAGUACCAUUUUUUGUAACUAAAUAACAGUUAUCUACUUUAUUAAUCGUCAUGGUCUCCUUGUGAUA